AUGCGUCCUAUCAAGAACGUCUUGUUUGAUGCCGAUGGAGUCUUAUGGGUUGGUGGAAAGACAAUCCCAGCCGCACCCGAUGCAAUCCAAAAGCUUAGAGAAAUGGGCUUAAAUGUUUUCGUAGUUACAAAUAAUCCCACACAUACCAGACAAGCAAUUGCUGACAAAAUGAUGGGAAGAGGCUUCAAGAAUAUCACUAAAGAUAUGAUUGUUUCUGCUGGUUAUGUUACUGCUCAAUUCUUAGUUUCAAAGGGAUUCACAAAUCAAAAACGUAAAGUAUUCGUUGUUGGUGAAAAAGGAUUGAUCCAAGAGAUGAGAGAUAAUGGAAUCAAUGCAAUCGGUGUUGAUGAUCUUCCAGAUGAUCCAAUAGAAAACUUAAAAUUAGAUCCAAGCAUAUUGGCUUGCGUUGUCGCCUUAGAUAUGACACUUACCUAUCGUAAACUUGCUAUUGGUAACCGUGUCGUUGUAGAGAACGAUGCAAUGUUAAUUGGCACAAAUUGUGAUAACGCAUUGCCACUUGGUAACGGUGUUUUCGUCCCAGAUGCAUUUCCAAACAUUCUUGCUCUCGAAAACUCUUCUGGCAGAAAGGCUAUUGUUCUUGGCAAGCCUUCUCCUCUUAUGUUCGAACCAUUACACACAGUUCGUGGCUUAGACGUAGGAGAAACCCUUAUGGUUGGCGAUAGACUUAACACAGAUAUCUUAUUCUCUAAGAACAUCGGCUCUCGCGGUUGUCUUGUCCUUACCGGUAUCACAACACGCGAAGAUGCAAUGUCUGUUCCAGUCGAAGAGCGUCCAAACUACAUUUGCCAGUCAAUAGGUAAUAUCCCAGAACUUGUUGAACAAGUUAAUGCUGAAUGCGAAGAACUUAAGGGUUCUGAUUAUGAAUAA